GACCUAUCUGUUAAGCAACCACUCCAGGGAUCUGCACUCCCUGGUGGAACAUCGCUGUUUAGAGGUUGGCCUUCCGAGCUCCAGGCGAGCGCCGGCGGAGGAGACCUGAGCAGGAGACUGGCCCUGAGGCCAAGGGGCGGGUACCGGGUGGAGUCGCCUCGGUUGGCAGCUGCAGAGCUCCACCUGUUGCAGCAUUUGAGCACUCCACAGAGAAGACAGCUCUGGGCACGGACUUCUGCUCUCAGCCCCACCGGGCAGGGCAAGGCCACUUGAGAAGGGGAACCAGGGGCCAUCCUGAACCUGUCCCACAGAGCAGAGGUCCGCCCUCGUGCUGCCGCGGAGCCUGUGUGCCCAGCGGAGAUCCGAGCCGGCUGAUCUGCAUCUUCGCACUGUCACUGCGUCCGUGCGUCUGCCCCAAACCCGUUCCGGCCUCUGAGCCCUGGUUAUUCUGGUGGAUAGAGGCUCGGCGGAACAUUGUCACUAAUACGCAACACAGAUCCACCUGGAGAGGCACCAAAGACAGAGAACAGCCCGUAUCCCAGCCAUCACAGCUUGGAAAGCAAUGCUCCGAGGAACCCGGACCUUGAUGUGAAGCUUACCCGCCGAUUCUCUCUGGACCCACGACCUUUUUUCUUCAAAAGGAGUUCAAGUUCUAGGGAGUUUGCCUUGAAGGCACGCCACGCCCCCUCCCCAAUCUGAGCCGAAUUAGGAGCUCGGGUGAACCCGGGUCGCCCGCACCCUCCGCACCAAGUCGAAGCAGACUCCGUGUCCCGACCCCUCUGGUCUUCAGCCUUAAGGAGAACUCCAGAGAGGACAGGGAGGCGGUGACGACAAAGCGGAUUCGAAACCACGAGUCCAGGCGGACGUGGGGAGCUGGCUACACAGGAACGACCGAGGAGGCGGCGGCCGGGAGAUCCACGCCGCCUUGGGGAACGCGCGGCGGGCAUGGGCGAGCCCGCACGCAGAGCGGGCUAAGGUCGGCAGAGCAGAUCCUCCCCGGGGCGUGGGCACAAGUCCGCGGGCAGCGACCCUCGCGGGGCUGUCCUCCAGUGCCAUGGCUGGCCGCGGUUGCGGCUGCAGCCCCGGCCACCUGAACGAGGACAACGCGCGCUUCCUGCUGCUCGCUGGGCUCAUCCUGCUCUACCUGCUGGGCGGCGCCGCAGUCUUCUCCGCGCUGGAGCUAGCGCAGGAGUUGCAGGCCAAGCAGCGCUGGGAAGAGCGCCUGGCCAACUUCAGCCGGGGCCACAACCUGAGCCGUGAAGAGCUGCGAGGUUUCCUCCGCCACUACGAGGAAGCCACCAGGGCGGGCAUCCGCAUGGACAGCGUGCGCCCUCGCUGGGACUUCACGGGCGCCUUCUACUUCGUGGGUACAGUGGUUUCUACCAUAGGGUUUGGGAUGACAACACCAGCCACAAUGGGAGGGAAGAUUUUUCUGAUCUUUUAUGGUCUCAUUGGAUGCGCAAGUACCAUCCUCUUCUUCAACCUUUUCCUGGAGCGGCUGAUCACAGUCAUCGCCUGUGUCAUGAGAUCCUGUCAUCAGCAGCAGCUGCGCAGACGUGGGGCUGUGACCCAGGACAACAUGAAGGCCCCUGAAAAGGGGGAGGCGGACAGCCUGACUGGCUGGAAGCCCUCUGUGUACUAUGUCAUGCUGAUCCUAUGCUUGGCAUCAGUGGCCAUCUCCUGCGGAGCCUCUGCUCUGUACACCACCAUGGAGGGCUGGAGCUACUUUGACUCGGUCUACUUCUGUUUUGUGGCUUUCAGCACCAUUGGCUUCGGGGACCUGGUGAGCAGCCAGAAUGCUCAGUAUGAGAGCCAAGGACUCUACCGCUUCUUCAAUUUCUUCCUCAUCCUCAUGGGCGUCUGUUGCAUCUACUCUUUGUUCAACGUCAUCUCCAUCCUGAUCAAACAGACUGUGAACUGGAUCCUGAGGAAACUGGAUAGUGGGUGCUUCCCACCAUGCCAAAGAGGACUCCUGCGGUCCAGGAGGAAUGUGGUGAUGCCGGGUAACAUCCGGAACAGGUGCAACAUCUCCAUAGAGACGGACGGGGUAAUGGAAAGUGACACUGAUGGACGACGUCUCUCGGGGGAGAUGAUCUCCAUGAAGGACACCAACAAGGUCUCCCUGGCCAUCCUGCAGAAGCAGUUGUCUGAGAUGGCCAAUGGGGGACCCCACCAGAACAGUGCAUCCUCCCGGGAUGAUGAGUUCUCAGGGGGAGUGGGAGCCUUUGCAGUAAUGAAUAACAGGCUGGCAGAGACCAGUGGAGAUAGGUAGGAACCAGAAGUAGCUGCUAGAUGAAGAAACCCAGGGCACGUGGGGGAUAAGACACUGUUACACCACUGGUAAGCUCAGCUGUGUCUCUGGCUGUUGCAAUUAAUAUCUCCAGUCCAGGUUUUGAAAUCUGGCCUUGGCCUCGGGCAAGAGUAGCCUCUCACAGUUGAGGACUGGAGCCUCUUUCCCUGGCUCUUACUUUACUUUUGAAUUCCAAGUUUGACAUUUGGAACUGCUGGAACUCGCCUUCCUCCAGAGUUGUAAUGGUCUGAGGGAGACCGGUCCAGUUUUGGUUUCUCCACCAUGAUCCAUUCUUAGGAAGGGAGAGCCCCCAAAAAGCCUGCUUCUUUCCUGGAACGUGAGUGGCUGAACUUCACCCAGCCCCUCAAGAAAAGGCAACGAACAUUCCAGAGUGUCUCUGGGCCUUCUGUUUGCUGGGCUUCCUUCCAAGCAUAUCUAUCGUUGGUUCCAUUGAUGGGGACACCAUCUCAUCUUCUCUUAUACCUGCUUCUCUGUUUGGGAGUCUUGGUUUCGUUUUUGUUUUGUUUCCUAUUUGACUAAUAUAUCUUUUGGAUCUUAUGUGAUAAGAAAACUAAAUCCACCUUCAAACCUUUAAGCUUGGCAGUGAGUAGAGGAAGAGGGAAACUCCAUCUUGUAACUAAAGCCCACAGCUUACUAUGUCUGCUCUGAAUGGUUACACGGAUCGUGUCAUUUUACCAGGGCUUGGAGCCUGUUGUAGAGGCAACUGACUAUUUAUUAGAGUUGAACAUUUAAUAAAUUCUCAUUUUGUUAA